GUAUGUGUCUCUGCGUGUGUGUUAACCCCCCUUGAUGAGCGCGCACACGGCCGAGGAUGCAGCUGGGAGCAUGAGUUCUGACCGAGAGGAGUAUGACAUGGUCUGUCAGAAAGCGGUGACCCUCAUUGUUGACCUUUGCCUGCACAACAGCUCCCUGUUGGAUCAGGACACCUGUCAGGAUUACCUCUUCCUGUUGUCCAGCCACAGCUCGGACCGCAAACAUCUGGACGCUUCUUUUGGCCUCCUGCUCGUUGUGUUUGUUGUCUGCGGCCUGGCUCUGCUGGGCCUUCUUACAUUCGUCUCCUGGAAGCUGUGCCGUGUGCAUUGGCGAGCUAAGGCCCAUCUACCCGGUCCAUCCCCCACCCCGGCCUGCGACCUAGAGGACUGCCUGCUCCAGCCGCCUCUCCUUCUGCCCAGCCCCCAGCAGCCAGCAGUCACCAUGGCGACAGAAAAGGUGAAGGACCCCAUGGAUUCUAUGGGUUUCCUGGAGACGGCAGUGAAGAUAAGCCAUACAUCUCCCGACAUCCCCACCGAUGUGCAGCUCUCCAUGAGGGAGCACUUCCUGCGUCGCACGCAACGCAUGCAGAGGCAAGCCACUGAGCCGGCGUCCUCCACUCGGCACAAUUCAUUCAAAAGACACCUGCCCAGGCAGAUGCAAUCAACCAGUCUAGACCUGGGAAAUGACUAUGUAGUGGACAAUGACGAAAAGCCCACUAGCAUCGGCCGCAUCCAGCCAGAGCUCUACCAACAGAAGACCCUGGAGUCGGAGGAUUCAUCCAAGAAUGGCAGCAGCAAAAACUGCGGCAGGAUUAACUUCUCUCUCAAGUACGACUACGAAAACGAAGCCCUCGUGGUCAACAUCCUAAAGGCAGCAGACCUACCUGCCAAGGACUUAUGUGGCACAUCUGACCCUUAUGUGAAGGUCUACCUGCUGCCCGACCGCAAGAAGUUUCAGACUCGCGUCCACCGGAAGACGCUUAACCCCACGUUCGAUGAGAGCUUCCAGUUUCCUGUGCCUUACGACGAGCUGCCGAUCAGGAAGCUCCAUAUGAGCGUCUUUGACUUUGACCGGUUUUCAAGGCAUGAUAUGAUUGGGGAGGUGGUGCUGGACAACUUGUUUGAGACAUCAGACCUCUCCAGGGAGACGAACAUAUGGAGAGACAUCCAAUAUGCCACCAGUGAAAGUGUUGACCUGGGAGAGAUCAUGUUCUCACUUUGCUACCUGCCCACCGCGGGCAGACUCACACUUACUGUCAUCAAGUGCAGGAACCUCAAGGCCAUGGACAUCACUGGGUACUCAGAUCCCUACGUCAAAGUGUCGCUCAUAUGUGGCGGGAGACGUUUGAAAAAGAAGAAGACGAGCAUAAAGAAGAACACCCUGAAUCCCAGCUACAACGAGGCCAUCAUCUUUGACAUCCCGCCAGACAGCAUGGACCAUGUCAGCCUGCACAUCUCCGUCAUGGACUACGACUUGGUAGGUCAUAAUGAGAUCAUUGGUGUGAUGAGGGUUGGAUGCCAUGCCGAGGGACUUGGCAGGGACCACUGGAACGAAAUGUUGGCUUAUCCACGCAAGCCCAUUGCACACUGGCACCCCCUGCUGGAGUCCAAGAAGUCUGAGAAGGAGUGGAAGGCGAGGACAGCCAGCUUUGACAGCCAAGGCUCCUGCCCUUCGCCCAGGCCCCCUGCCAGUCCCUGAGCAGAGCCACCUGUGACCCAGCAGCCCAGAAGGGGGUUUCCUCCCUCCUGCUGAUCCACUUCCUGUCUGUUUUAUGGGGGAGAAACACAACCCCAUUCCCCCCCCCCUCUCUCUCACACUGUCCCUUCCUUCCUCAAGUCUAGUCCCGGACCACUCCCAAGAACUGAUCUAGGACCACCGUCAAGUCAGUUAGUUGUGUGAAGCGCAGUCUGUUCAGGUGUUAGGGUUUGAGACGUGGGUGCGGCGGUGACAUAGAGCUGCCCUCGGUGUCCUCAGAAGAGAUUGGCUGGACACCCUGGCUGCAGACAUUUAUUUUGAGCUGUCCGAGCGGACGUGAAUAGGUGUCUUCACAUGGAGACUUUCCAGACGCUGAAGCUUUAGCUUUGUGCUGCAGAGACUCUAAAAAAAAAUAACUCUGAUGUUGGAUACUUCUCCAGGAGAGCAGCAACGGUUUCACAGUGGAGGACACGUCCGAAGAAAUAGAGACUUAAACUGGAUCCAAAGCAAUUUCAAAACUCUCCAGCUCUCUCUCUCAUUGAAUUUUACAGUGCUGUAUUAGCAUAAAAAUCCUAUUAAACUGUAGCAUUUUGGAACUACUAGAUGUAAAACUGCUCCAUCCGUCAUUAUUGUUUGCGAAUAGCAGCAACUGAAAUUAGUUUAAAAGCUCAGCGGAGCUUGCUGUACUUUCAGUUUCAUCAACAACAUAAGCAAUUAUUGGAGCUGCAGCUUGUUGAGGAGAGGUUGGAUCAGGCUAACACUAAAAUAUUCUCAGCACGGCAAUUUGAAGCUUUAGUGUGUUUUCACGAGGAGCCGAGACAAGACGUUUCCUGUAAUGAAGGAGAUUAUUGGUAUUCACACAGGAGCUGAUUGGCUGCAGCGUUCUUCUUCUUGAAAUUUGUUACAAAAAGUACAAGGUGAAAUUACUAGACAAAGGCACAGAAAGCUUAUUGAACACAAUAACUUAA